CCAGUACAUGAUAUUCUGUUCCCCUGGGACGUUGCAGUUACACAUAGACAAGGUGAACAUUUCUCAAAACACCAUGUCUCUCCGAUUUUCUAAUGGAUCCCGACAUGUUUGCUUAAGGUCUGGAGCCGACUCUGUCAGACCACCCAACGGAGGUGCAGGCUUUGCAGGCAGCAGUGCAUGUGGCAGCUCUGUCAUUGGAAGUGAAUUUUCCUGUGCCUUGGGAGGAGGCUUGGGCAGUGCUCCUGGUGGGAGCCAUGCUGGUGGUGCCUUUGGAAAUGCUGCUUGUGUUGGCUUUGUUGGAAGUGAAGGGGGACUCCUCUCUGGAAAUGAGAAGGUGACCAUGCAAAACCUUAAUGACCGCCUGGCAUCCUACCUGGAUAAUGUGCGAGCUCUGGAGGAGGCAAAUGCUGAAUUAGAGAGAAAAAUCAAGGGCUGGUACGAAAAAUAUGGACCUGGAUCUUGCCGUGGACUUGAUCAUGACUAUAGCAGAUAUCACCUUACAAUUGAGGAUCUUAAGAAUAAGAUUAUCUCCUCCACUACUGCUAAUGCUAAUGUCAUUCUGCAGAUUGAUAAUGCCAGACUGGCUGCUGAUGAUUUCAGGCUCAAGUAUGAAAAUGAGCUCACACUUCACCAAAAUGUAGAGGCCGACAUCAACGGAUUACGGCGAGUCCUGGAUGAGCUGACACUCUGCAAGACGGACCAGGAGCUGCAAUAUGAGUCCCUGAAUGAGGAGAUGACGUAUCUCAAGAAGAACCAUGAAGAGGAGAUGAAAGCUCUCCAGUGCGCGGCUGGAGGCAACGUGAACGUGGAGAUGAACGCGGCCCCCGGGGUGGACCUCACCGUUCUGCUGAAUAACAUGCGAGCAGAGUACGAGGCCCUCGCAGAGCAGAACCGCAGGGACGCGGAGGCCUGGUUCAACGAGAAGAGCGCCUCCCUGCAGCAGCAGAUCACCCACGACGCAGGCGCAGCCACCUCUGCCCAGAGCCAGCUGACCGAGAUGAGGCGCACCCUGCAGACCCUGGAGAUCCAGCUGCAGUCCCAGCUGGCCACGAAACAGUCCCUGGAGUGCUCCUUGACAGAGACGGAGAGUAACUACUGUGCGCAGCUGGCGCAGAUCCAGGCUCAGAUCGGGGCCCUGGAGGAGCAGCUGCACCAGGUCAGAACCGAGACCGAGGGCCAGAAGCUGGAGUAUGAGCAUCUCCUCGACGUCAAGGUCCACCUGGAAAAAGAAAUUGAGACCUACUGCCGCCUGAUAGAUGGAGAUGGAAAUUCCUGCUCCAAAUCAAAGGGCUUUGGAUCAGGAAGCUCUGGGAAUUUACCUAAAGAUUUAUCCAAAACCACACUGGUAAAGACAGUGGUUGAAGAGAUAGAUCAGCGUGGUAAAGUUCUUUCAUCAAGGAUUCACUCCAUUGAAGAAAAGACAUCUAAGAUUACCAAUGGCAAGACAGAAAAAAGGGUUCCUUUCUAGCUGUCGUUUUAGAGAAAAGAAUAAUUUGGGAAAGGAUCUUGUACAAUUGCAUUAUUCUAAAUGUCAGGGAGAAUAUAAACACUUUUGACUUUUAAAGAUAAGUUACUUAGCAAAAAUAUCUGUUUUCUUAGUUUUACAGGAUGUUGGGUGUUUGUUUCAAAUAAAUAAAAAAGCUGAUAUGCAUCCAUUUCCAUUCAGUGAUGACUAAUAAAUAAUUACUUGUGAUUUUUU